AUGUACAGAUUGAGGAUUAAGGGCCGAUUCUUCAACAUCAGCAUCAUUAACGUGCACAGCCCUCACCUUGCAAGUCCCGAUGAUGACAAAGGCGAAUUCUACGCGCAGCUGGAACGCGAAUACGAACGCUGCCCAAAACAUGACAUCAAGAUCAUCAUCGGAGAUUUCAAUGCCCAGAUCGGUAAAGAGCAGGAGUUCAAACCUGUAAUUGUUAUGUACAGUGCACACCCGUUAACAAAUGAAAACGGCCUAAGACUCAUCGAUUUCGCCACCUCUAAGAAUAUGGCCGUACGCAGUACCUUCUUCCAACACAAAUUCGUCCACCAAUAUACCUGGAGGUCACCAAAUCAAACAGAAUCUCAGAUCAACCAUGUUCUGAUAGACGGUCGACAUUUCUCGAACAUAACUGACGUCAGAACCUAUCGAGGCGCUAACAUUUCGUGGGAGGUUAUCAGGCCGGCUUCAUCGAAGGUCAGUCUACUACUGACCAAAUCUUCACCUUACGGCAGAUUCUCCAGAAAUGCCCGGUAUACAUCGGAAGAACUUCUUUCGGCGCAUUUGUGGGCUGUCGAUGUGGGCCAGUCACCCAACAUUUUGGUCCUUCAAACCGGAUUUAAACCAGUGACCUACGGAUACAGUCCCCCGCUGUACGAACUGAGCUAUCGAAGGAUCUGGGAUCUGGACGGCCAGGAUCCCGAACAUAAAGUCUGGUAA